UUUAUUCUCCCUCAAACUCUCAUAUCCUUCAGCUGUAAGUAAACUAUUAUCACUCCUACAUAGACCAAGAUUCAAUAUUUAUACUAUAAAAUUUCUCUUCUUUAUCCUCUCAUACCAUUCAUCUCUAAACUUCACUCUUUUAUUCCAAGAUUUCAAUUCUUUAUACACAAUUUCACUUCUUGAUAUUUGAGAAAAACCUUCAUCUUUUACUCCAAGAUUGAAUUUUUAUACAAAAAUAUCAUCUGGGGUAUAGGAAAAAGUGACAAAAAUGGAGAAUAAUCAGUCAUCUUUCUAUCAAUUCAGUGAUAAGCUUCGUUUACAAACAAACAACUUAGCAAAUUUAUCUUCAAAUGAUUCAAUUUGGAGCAACAAUUAUGUACCAAAAAAGCCUGAAGAAAGAAAAAACUUUGAUAUUAGAGUUGGUGGCGAGGUUAUAAAUUCUGUUAUUAGUUCAAAUAUGCCAAAAAAAAAUCUCAAUUCAGAUUAUAAUUUGUUUAGUAAUAAAGGGGUUUACACUAACCCUUUGAAUUUCUGUUACAGUAGUAGUAGUAAGGGUAGUAGUGAAAAUAACAAUAACAAUAACAAUAUUGUUGUGAAUUCAAAAGGGGUUAUCAAGAAAAGUGGAAAAUUUGGUUAUGAGGAUGAAAGUGGCUAUUUUAUGAAUAAAUUUGGGAAGAAAAAUAAUAACAAGAUUAAUAGAGAGAGUAAUUAUAAGGAUGAGAAUAAGAAUAUUGGUGUAGAGAAGAGGUUCAAGACAUUACCAGCAUCAGAAUCAUUACCAAGAAAUGAAACAGUUGGUGGAUAUAUUUUUGUUUGCAACAAUGAUACUAUGCAUGAGAAUCUCAAAAGGGAGCUCUUUGGCUUGCCGCCUCGUUACAGGGAUUCAGUUCGCCAAAUAACACCCGGCUUGCCUCUUUUCCUCUACAACUACUCAACCCACCAGCUUCAUGGAAUAUUUGAGGCUGCGAGCUUUGGUGGUUCCAAUAUUGAUCCUACAGCCUGGGAAGACAAGAAGAACACUGGUGAAUCGCGCUUUCCUGCUCAAGUACGUGUUGUGACAAGGAAAAUUUGUGAACCACUUGAAGAGGACUCAUUCAGGCCAAUUCUUCACCAUUACGAUGGUCCUAAAUUCCGCCUUGAAUUAAACAUUCCAGAGGCCAUCUCUCUCCUGGACAUUUUUGCAGAGAAAAAUAUACUGAAUAGUUUGUUAAAUUGACAGACCCUUGUGGUCCUGCCCUUCCCGUAACCCGCGCAUAGCGGGAGCUUAGUGCAUCCGACUGCCUUUUCUUAGGUUGUUAAAUUGAAGGGUCUAGUAUACAUAGGUAAUUAUAUGUUAUGUAUAUAGGCAAUAUAUGUGAUGUGAAGGAACUGUUUUUUCCCUUUGCAGACUAAUGUUACAAACCGUUUUGUAAGUAAAACAAAGUUCUAUUCUGUUUUUUGGGUUUUUAUUCAAAACUUAUUAUUAGCACAUUGGCCCUAAGACAAGUUGUUCUUGAAAGAUGAUACAAAGUGCAGUGUUUUGAUGUGUGAGUUAGGCAUACGUCAUGGAUUCAAAUCGUGUUGUAUAGAAAAGCCCGAUACUUAAAUGGAGAUCUGUCGAGGGAUGAGUAAAUUUCAUACGUGGGAUAUGAGAUUUUUUAGUGUUAUUUUCUUCUAUUCACGUUGUAAGUGGACAUUGGCGAUCAUUAUCUAGAAUUGCAUUUACUGUCA